UCAAUCAAAUGGCCCGCAGAGAAAGGCUACAGCGGAUAGGGCCGGAGAGCUUGGUGAGCUGGCAGCAGUUGGAGAAGAGAGCCGUCCGAAGAAAGAGCAGAUCCGAAGAGGGGCUCGUUCCGCUGCCGGAGAACCAAGCUGGCGCAUCUCCUGCCUGCCCCAGCCAUGUACAGCAUACUAGAGAGCGAGUUGAAGGCGCCCCAGCCUAACCCCGGAGGAGGCUCGGCCGGGAACGGCGCUCCGGGAGGCACCGGCAAGGGUGGCGGCGGCGGCGGAGGAGGAGGAGGAGGAACCGGAGCCACGGACCAGGACCGGGUCAAGCGGCCGAUGAACGCGUUCAUGGUGUGGUCGCGGGGCCAGCGGCGCAAGAUGGCUCAGGAAAACCCCAAGAUGCACAACUCUGAGAUCUCCAAGCGCCUGGGCGCGGACUGGAAGCUGCUGAGCGACGCGGAGAAGCGCCCCUUCAUCGACGAGGCUAAGCGGCUCCGCGCCGUCCACAUGAAGGAAUACCCGGAUUAUAAAUACCGGCCACGUCGGAAGACCAAGACGCUGCUCAAGAAGGACAAGUACUCUCUGCCGGGCAACCUGCUGGCCCCGGGAAGCGCCGGCGGAGGCGGCGUCAGCAGCCCCGUCGGGGUCGGGCAGCGCCUGGACUCCUACGCGCACAUGAACGGCUGGCCCAACGGCGCCUAUGCCUCGCUGAUGCCCGAGCAACUGGGCUACAGCCAGCACCCGGCCAUGAGCAACGCGCAGCUUCAGCCCAUGCACCGCUACGAUGUGAGCGGCCUCCAGUACAGCCCCAUCAUGUCCAGCGCUCAACCCUACAUGAGCGCGGCAGCCUCCACUUACAGCAUGUCUCCAGUUGCUGCUGCUGCGGCGGCUGCCGCUUACGGCCAGCAACCGUCGGGGCACUCGAUGAGCUUGGGGACGAUGAGUUCCGUGGUGAAAUCUGAGCCCAGUUCUCCGCCGCCGGCCAUCACCUCGCACUCCCAGCGGGCCUGCCUGGGAGACUUGAGGGAUAUGAUCAGCAUGUACCUUCCGCCCGGGGGCGACGCGGCCGACCCGUCGACACUGCAGGGCACCCGGCUACACGGCGUCCACCAGCACUACCCGAGCGCCGGGACUGCUGUCAACGGCACCGUGCCACUAACUCACAUCUAGCCGUGUUCCCCUCGGAUCGCCCUCUACCACCGCUUCCUCAAAACGCUGGCACCGAACGUCUCGCCUACGGUUUGGUAGCAGGAGAGGUGGUUUGAGGGCCGAGGGGGGUGUCGCUGGCUCUCCAUCUUAACCAGCGAGUCUUUUGGAAGCUUCUUCCCAAGGCAAAUCCUAUGCGGACGUCUCCCCAGGCAUCUUGACUCUCGUUGUAGGUGGCUUCUCCCACUCUGAAUUCCCACACCAUUGAAGUUUAUGGCUUUGGGGUGGGAGAGGCGCGGGAGAACUCCAAAGGAAGGUAAACCGAACUUUACCCCACUAAACAACUCAAAGGAACUUUAGAUGUGUGAAUAAAACACGAAAGGGGAGUUGCACGUCUGCAUAGAGCACAAUUUUCUGCUCACCUUGGAAGAAGCCGCUGUGAAAUAUCAAACAUACUUCCUUAUAGAUAUACAAGUUUUUCGGGGGGGGUUCUUAAAAAGUUUUUUGGGGGGUGGGUGGGUUGGGAGAGCAACGUGGCCAACUGGCCUCGGUCUUAAAUGUUUACAUUUUGUCUUUUACUGUUCGGGGGCGAGUUGUUUUGUUUCUUUGCCCCCUUCCUCUUGCCUGGAGUUCUUUAAAUCUGUCUGGAGUCUUUUAAUUUUUAAGAUAUUUAAAUAUAUGUAACCCCGGCCCCACCUUCCCGCUUUUAAAUAUAUAGAUAUAAAUAUAUAUAUAUAUACAAAUUGCUAUGUGGGUCCCCGGGUUGAUUUCAGAACAUCAGUUUUACUCGGAAGUUAAGCAAGUUUGUCCUUUUUUAGGCUCAAGUUUACUUUGGAGUAAACUUGCUUCGCGUGGGGGGGCGGGUAGAAAUAUCCUGCUUUGAUGGGAGCCUUUGGGUAACCCGAUUGCCAGCUGGCUGUGUGAAACUGGAAAAGAAUUUCAAAUUUAUAAAAUACUUUCUUUGCUGUUGCAAAUAAUGUGAUUUUAAUCUUUUGAGAGAAAAUAAAAAGAAUUCGCUGAUAACGGGAGAGGGGACGUUUUCUGGUUGUCUCCGUGGCGCUUGUAAAUUUCUGUAAAUUCCCCUGCCUUUUCUGUUUUGUGGAUUUAAUCGUGGGAUAGUUUGGCGAACAGAACAUAUCAACCCCACGAAACAGGUCAUUUAGAUUUUUUUAAUAUUUUAUUUUGUUGUGUCCUCUGGUUUCUUUGAAGAGAACAUGUCUCUCGCCCCCUCUCCCGUCCCUCUCCUUCCUCCCCUCAAAGAAAGAACUUUAAGAGAGAUCAAUAAAUUUUAUAACAGGC